AUGUUCUUCUUUUCUGCACUGGUCAUGGUACCAUUGAUCCUCGGCCCCAGCAGCACGGCCUCAGCACUGUCCACGUGCCAGACUUUGGACCUGGAGGUGGCGCGGGCCCGGAGGAUCCAGGCAGUCCGAGGCCAAAUCCUUAGCAAGUUGCAGCUGGUGACGCCCCCCGAGGAAGAAGGGGUGCCCAACCCUCUACCCGCCGAGGUGAUGCUCCUGUACAAUAGCACGCAGGAGCCGGUGCAGAAGCUGGCGGCCUGCGAGGGACAGCUCGCAACCUGCAAUGAGGAAGAGGAAUAUUAUGCCAAAGAAGUGCGGCGAGUGGACAUGUUGGCCCUUGGGCAUGCUGACAACUCUAUCUUCAGCCCCUUCUCCACCCCAUUUGUCCGUUUCCUGCACUUCGAUGUCUCCGCUGCACAACCCAACCUCAGCAGCCUCAUCCAGGCCGAGCUGCGGAUCUACAAGGUCCCAAAUCCAGGGGCCCAAGCCACUGAGCAGCGUGUGGAGCUCUAUCAGAUGAGGCAGGCGAGGGAGCCUUCGGCCCCAACCCAGCAUUACGUGGGAAGCCGAACUUUACUGCCCAAGCGUCGGGCCGAGUGGGUGUCGUUCAACGUCACCGAGAGCCUCCGCCGGUGCCUGGGGGACCGAGGAAGAAAACUCAGCUUCAAACUGGGGUUGCACUGCCCCUGUUGUACUUCCAUCCCGGCCAGGAACACGAUUAACUCCCAGCAUAGUGAGCCAUUGGAAGCCCGCUUUGCAGGUCUGGAUGACGACCUUAUCAAGGAGGCGUGGAAAGGGUGGUCCAGAGCCCCGGACCUCACUAACAAAGCCCCCCACUUGAUCCUCACACUGCUGCCCCCAAACCAGCUGGAGCCUGCCUCGAAGGGCCGGCACCGCAGGGCAGCCAACGCGGCCAGCUGUCCCAGGAACACAGAUCAGGACUGCUGCUUUCACCCACUAUACAUCAAUUUCCGCAAGGAUCUGAAGUGGAAGUGGAUCCAUCAGCCAAAAGGCUACAGAGCCAAUUUCUGCACCGGGAGCUGCCGGUAUAGCCAGAAUUCCAAUAUGCAUUAUAACAUGGUGCUUCCCUUGUACAACAAGUGGAACCCCGAAGCUUCGGCGGCCCCGUGCUGCGUCCCACACAAACUGGAGCCUUUGACCAUCCUGUACUACAUUGGCCGCUUGCCCAAAGUACAGCAGCUGAGCAAUAUGAUUGUGAAAUCCUGCCGUUGCCGUUGA